AUGUGGACGCGACUAGUUUUAAUUGUUCUUUUACUCACAACUUUCAGUCGCGUUUCGCAUGCGCAACGUGGUAAUAUCAUAACAACUUUAUUCGAAUUUUUGCGACGUGGUCAAAAUGAUCUGAAUAUUGAACAUGUGGAUGAUAAUGUACAACUCUUGAAUGAGUAUGAUUUUAUCGUCGUCGGUGCGGGCACAGCGGGUUGUACGUUAGCGGCGCGUUUGGCCGAAAAUCCCGCUUGGAAGGUGCUGCUGAUCGAAGCUGGCGGCCCCGAAAAUAUGGCUAUGGAUAUACCAAUUCUGGCGCAUUUCCUACAGCUCACAGAAAUAAAUUGGAACUAUCGCACGCAGCCGUCGGAUAAGUAUUGCCUGGCCAUGAACAAUCGCCGUUGUAAUUGGCCGCGCGGCAAAGUUAUGGGCGGCUCGUCGGUGCUCAACUACAUGAUGUACACACGUGGCAAUCGUCGCGACUAUGAUCGCUGGGCAGCGCUGGGCAAUGAGGGUUGGAGCUACCGCGAAGUAUUGCCAUAUUUUCGAAAAUACGAAGGCUCCGAAAUACCGAACGCUGAACGUGACUAUGUGGGGCGUCAAGGACCUGUGAAAAUCGGCUAUCCGGGCUGGCGUUCGCAGAUCUCAGCGGCUUUUGUGCAAGCCGCACAGGAAGACGGCUUGAAGUACCGUGACUACAAUGGGCGCAUACAAACCGGCGUGUCCUAUUUACAGGCCACAAUACAUAAUGGUAUGCGCUGGAGUUCUAAUCGCGCCUACCUUUAUCCGCAUAAAGGCAAACGUUCCAAUUUGCAUGUGAAAAAGAAUACGUUAGUUACUAAAGUGUUGAUAGAACCGCGUACAAAGACCGCGUACGGUGUGAUACUAAGCACUGGCGGUCAGUCCUACCAGGUGCGCGCAAGACGCGAGGUAAUACUAAGUGCAGGCGCUAUUAACACACCACAGCUGCUAAUGCUCUCCGGCAUUGGACCGGCGAAGCAUUUGCGCGACGUAGGCAUCAAGCCAAUUGCAGAUUUGGCCGUCGGCUACAAUCUACAAGAUCAUAUUGCGCCAGCAGUCUCGUUCACCGCCAACGUUAGCUCCAUCAGAACUACAGAUUACUUCGAUACUAGCAAUAUAAUGAAAUACAUAGAUGGCAAGGGAGUAUUCGGCUUACCCGGCGCUGUAGAAGCGAUCGCGUUCUGGGAUUUGGGGCAGCCGUGGCUAGAGGAUGGUUGGCCUGAUUUGGAAAUGUUUCAAUUAGCCGGCUCUUUCGAUGAGAACCCGGCGACGCUACGCGCCUUUGGCUUACAACCGGACAUCUAUAACACCAUGUUCGGUAAUGUGAAAAGCGACGGUUUCAUGAUAUUUCCCAUGAUACUGCGUCCCAAAAGCCGUGGACGAGUCUUGCUUAAGAGCAGUGAUCCCUUCAAAUACCCGCUUUUGUAUGCAAACUACUUUGCGCAUCCCGACGAUUUGGAUAUAGCAGUGCGCGGUGUGCUAAAGACAAUUAGUUUGAUAGAAAAACCUGCAUUUAAGGCGAUUAAUGCGCGCAUGUUAGAGCGCGUUAUGCCCGGUUGUGCCAAAGUGCCAUAUAAAUCGCGCGCCUACUGGGAGUGCUACGUGCGACAUUUCACUUUUACCAUCUACCACUACUCCGGCACAGCGAAAAUGGGACCGGUCACAGAUCCAACGGCUGUGGUUGAUCCAAGAUUGCGCGUCUAUGGCGUCAACCAAUUGCGUGUGGUGGAUGCCAGCAUAAUGCCGGAAAUUAUAGCGGGACACCCUAAUGGACCGGUGUUCAUGAUAGCAGAGAAAGCAGCCGAUAUGAUUAAGCAGGACUACAACUAUAUUUGA